AGAAAAUUAUGUGGUCUCCAAGGCAGCAAUUAGCGUAUGAAUGUAUUAUCACUCAAAAGCGCCCGAAUUAAAAAUUUUUCAGCAGGUAUUCAACUGACCCAUUAUAUUUUUCCUUGUUUCUCCUUAUUAUAUUCGUGUUUAUGUACGCUCUUGUUUUUUUAUGCAACAAAUGCAGUCCUUAUCUACAAUUAAGCGCACGCUCGAAAAUGGACCUCUUUCAGAAUUCCUCUCAAUAGGCCAUUGUUUACAAUAGAAAAUUACUGGAAUGGCACAGGGACAUAGAAUAAUAAUGACACCAAAUAUGACAAUGGAUCCUCCGAAUGAACAGUCCAGCAAAAUUGCUUGAUGUCAAAUAGACUCAGUGAAGCCCAUGCUGCGAACAAAUGAAGAUCGCGUAUGCUUCAGGGCGGGGGAACAUAGUGCGUGCUAACAAUCGUCCUGAAGGUGCAGAAAUAUGGAUUUCGAAACGUUGGCAGCAGGACUUAAUUGUACACCACCGGCAAUAGACGACUUCCCUAGAGAUUUCUUCACAGAAGAACAAAGGAAGAAUGGAGGGGUGGCCGUACAUGUUUUAUUAUCACUUUAUUUGUUCGUUGCUUUAGCUGUAGUCUGUGAUAAAUAUUUUGUACCAGCUGUAGAGAAAAUAUGUCAUGCACUAAAUAUGUCAGCAGACGUAGCAGGUGCUACCUUCAUGGCCGCUGCAACUUCAGCGCCAGAACUUUUCGUGAAUGUAAUAGGUACCUUCAUUACAGAGGGUGAUAUAGGUGUAGGAACAAUUGUUGGAUCUGCAGUAUUUAAUAUACUGGCAGUAGCAGCAUGCUGUGGCAUAGGAGCCGGAAUGUGUGGUGUCAAAGUGGUGCCCUUAGACUGGUGGCCAUUGACGAGAGAUUGUCUGGCCUAUGGUAUAACAGUUUCUCUACUCAUCUGUAUAAUCCACGACGAGAGAGUCGAGUGGUAUGAAGCUCUAACCCUUGUCUUGCUGUAUAUAGUCUACAUUCUCAUAAUGUAUUUCGACAAAUCGAUACAAAAGUUUGCAAGAGGAAGCCUUAAACAUUCUCGAAAGCACUCAAACCGUUCUUAUGAAUCUAAAGCUGCGGAUCUUGCCGAAGCUCACCUCCCCCUUAAGCUACCUCAACCAAAUGAGGAGCAGAGCUCAGAUAUUCAAGUUGUGAAGAUGAAAGUGUCUACCCUUACCAGUGAAGAUGACAAUGUCAUUCCUCAUCAUCAAAAUGGUUCACUCAAAGUAGUGCUGAGUGAUCAGAUGGAGGUGGAUAAAGAUAAUAACAAAGUUUCUUUAACAAUAGCAGCGGAAGAGCCACAUUCUUUAUGGAAGUGGCCUGCAGGACAAGGAAAAUUCACUCAGAUGACUUGGAUUUUAACAUGGCCAAUUCAUCUUGUCUUCCUCUUCACCAUUCCAGAUUGUGAAAAGCCAAGAUUCAAAACGUGGUUUCCCUUAACUUUCAUGAUGUGCAUAAUAUGGAUAGGAUCUUUAUCGUAUUUUGUUGCCUGGAUGAUCACCAUCAUAGGUGAUACUUUGCGAAUACCAGACUCUGUUAUGGGGAUCACAUUUUUGGCGGCUGGAACUAGUGUACCUGAAGCUGUGUCCAGUGUUAUAGUUUCCAAACAAGGACAUGGUUCUAUGGGAAUCAGUAACUCCAUUGGAUCCAAUACAUUUGAUAUUUUGCUCUGUUUGGGAUUGCCAUGGUUCAUCAAAGCAACCUUUUUGCCAACUAUUGUAGAUAAACAUUGGGUUGGUAUCAACUCAGCUGGCAUAGAAUAUAGCGCCAUAUCUCUUCUAUCAACUCUACUUCUUCUAUAUCUAACAUUUUUCCUCAACAAAUUUCAACUGGACAAACGGGUUGGAAGAAUUUGCCUGCUGAUGUAUGCAAUUUUCUUGAUACUAGCCAGUUUGAUAGAACUGAACGUGUUCUUCAGGGUGAAUCUCCCUACAUGCGGCAGAUGAAGAGCAUUUAAAACAAAAAGUGAAAUACUCCAAAACACGAACGAUCUUCUAUUGACCUCUUGAGUUCAAGUUUUCAGAGUAAGAAUUUGUGAAAUACGUUUCAUUUUACCGAAAAAUGGACUUUGUUUUUCUCUACCUUUUAUGGAAAAAUUAUUUUGAAAAUUGUGCCUAUAUAAUUCAUUUGUAUAAACGAAAAAUAAUAUUAGUGAUUAAUAAUUUGACAAAUUGCGUGUUUAUUUUCUAUCACUUAAUUUUUGAGGAAAUCUCAUAUUAAGUAUUAGUAAAUUUUAUAUUGUUUUCAUAAUCUUCAUUUUCUAGAUAUAAAAAAUUCACAUUGAAAUAAGUGUAUAUAUAUCGCUUUCUGGUGAAAAACAUAUUUUGGUAGGUGUAUCAUUUACCUGAUUUACCUUUGUUCAUAAAAACUCUUGUACGACAUUGUACAGAACAAUAAAAAUUAAAUGCAAGUAAA